AUGGCUAUUAUGCAAGCCCCAAUGCCAGAAAAGAGUCCUCCUAUGCUAGAAAAGUAUGAUGGCUCGGCAGACCCUGACAAUCAUCUUAGGGUCUUCACCAACACAAUGGCAUUUUACACGGACAAUGAUCAGGUCGUUUGUAGAGCUUUCUCCUUAUCACUCAAGGACGAGGCGUUGGAGUGGUAUAAUACUCUUCCUCCUAAUUCCGUAGAUUGCUUCGCCACUGUGGAAACCCUCUUCAGAAGGCAGUACUCCUCCAAUCGGAAGCGAGAGAUAACACCGGUAGAAUUGGUGAAUACUAAGCAGGAGAAAGGGGAAACUUUGAUGGCGUUUAUGAAGAGAUACACUGAAACCGCUCGGCAAGUCAAAGAUAUUAAUGAUUCUUUCAUCAUCAACAACUUACCUUCAUGCCUAAGGUCGGGGUACUUUGCCGAAAAUUUAUAUGCUCGCCCACCAAAAACUAUGGACGAGCUCCAAGAGCGAACAACUGAGUUUAUCCGCAUGGAAGACAUACGAAUCUCGCGAGGAAGGCAACAAGAGGUUGAUGCGAGAGGAAGCAGGAAAGACGGUAGACGGUCAUUCAACGAUAGGGGAGGGGGUUCUCAACCAAAGGACCUCCACCGAGAACUUAAGUUUGAUUAUUACACACCAGUGAAUGCACCUAGGACAAAGAUCCUUAGGGAAGCUCUUAGUGUCGAACUUCUUUCGAUCAGGAAACUUCGUUCGCCUAAAAAUGGUGAUAAAGGAAAGUAUUGCCAAUACCAUCAAAACUUGGGGCAUACCACCGAAGAAUGUGUAACACUUAAGGAUGAAAUCGAAGCACUCAUUCAUGCGGGCCAUCUCCGUAAGUAUGUGCAGAAGGAGCGAACGAGAUCUGGAAGCCCACCAGGGUCGUCAAGGAGAAAAUUCAAACGACCAUAUGGAAGAGAUGAACGAAAGAAAAGUCAAAGCCGCAGCCGCAAUUGCAGCCCUAAUCGCCCGAUUCGAGGACAUAUCAACUAG